CAGUCGGAUUUGCUUAAAAUUUCGCGCGUUCAGCGUCUCAAGUCUAAUACAGUCUACAUAAUAAUCCAAGCAUCGUUCACGAAUGUCUGCCGUCACCCUCGAGCGCCAGUUCCGUCCUAUAUACGAAUCUUUGGACAAUGGCUCCAACAAGUCUGCCAUCUUGUCGUGCAACAAGCUGCUAAAAAAGUAUCCUACUAAUAUCUUGGCCAAGGCUCUGAAAGCCCUUGCACUUGUGCGCCUCCAAAAAGUAGAAGAAUCUCUCGCCUUAUGCGACGAAAUCCUGGCCGCGAAGCCAUUAGACGAGCCGACCAUGUCAGCUAUGAUGCACGUCCUCAAGGGCCUUGGGAGGAAUGCGGACCUUGUAGCCAUGUGCGAAGAAGCAUACAAGAGUCAACCUCAAAACGAAGAAUACGGUGCUCAAGCAUUCUUCGCGAAUAUCCGGAAUGGAAACUGGAAAUCUGCACAACAAAUAUCUUCCAAGAUGCACAAACAAUUCCAGGAGGACCGAUAUUUGUACUGGAGCGUGAUCUCUGCUAUCUUGCAGGCUAAUGACCCGUCAACGCCAGCCGGUAUGCGGACGGUACUGUACAAGCUGGCGCACAGACUAGUAGUUUCCUCGCCAACCCCAUCUUACCUUAGUGCAGACCGCUUCCACAUGCAUAUGAAUAUCCUAAAAGAGCUGGAGCUCUAUGAUGAAGCAAAUGCCCUUUUGGAGAGCGAAGUUGGAAAGUCUAUUUGCUCGACCAGCCUGGCAUGUUCACAGACUCGCAGGGAUAUUUGGCGGAAGCGGGGUUCGUACAAGGAAGAAGGGGAACGUGCCCGGGACCGGAUAUCAGAAGGUGACCGGAACUGGCUUGAAUUUUUGUCCGUUCUGGACGCAACGUUCGCUCCCAUCGUGUCGUCCCAGGAUGAGAUCUCGGAGCAAAGUAGACAAGAGUGUAGGGAGGUCCUAAACGGGACCAGGGAGUUCUUGGCAGAUAUCGCCCAAAAGGAUGGCAUCAAAAAUCGAGCUGCCCCGUUAGCACUUACUGAACUUGAAUACCGCGCUUACAAGCAUGGCUUAUAUGAUUCGAGUGUCCUCGUUGAAUCGAUGGCGGAUUACCUUACUCAAUUUGGCGACAAGUCUUGCUGUUUCGAAGACUUGAAGGCCUACCUUGAUGCUGAGGUUGCGUCAUCUGAACAAUGGGAAGCAAUCCUUGCCAACCAACACCUUUCUUUUGAGUCCAUAUCGCAUCUGCAGAGAUUGAUUAACGUCCGCAAGCUUCAGCGUUAUGGUUUGUCCAAAACGGACAUGACCGUGGAAGCUGAGACUGCUCGUGCAGUGAAGUAUUUAUCAGAAUAUUUCGAGGGUCUUUCCCUUGGCAAGGAUCUUCCUGUUACCGAGCUCCAGCCAAGCGAUGAUCUUGCACUUCUCUCCGCCCAUGCUUUUGUCAACGUAUGGGCCCUCAGUGGUUCCGAAGAACCUUUGUAUAGUGCUGUCACUGUCUUAGAGUUUGGCUUGACCAGGAGCCGCAUGUCCUUCUUGAUGCGCAUGAUGCUCAUUCGACUAUACCGCAUAUUAGGUGCUCCGAGCCUCGCACUGGAUCAUUAUCGUGCGAUGAAUGUUAAACGGGUCCAGAAUGAUACCCUUUCCCAUCUCGUUCUCACUCGGGCAUUGACGUUCUCGUUGGCUGCGACUGGGGACUUGACGUAUCCUACAGAAUGCCUGGAGUCCAGCCAGAUAUACCUAGUUAAUGCCCAGGAGACCUCGGAUUUCAUCGUCCGUGCUUUCACCGCUGAAAGAUACACCCAGAUACCUGAAUUCAUUGAAUUCGAGGAUAGACUAGAAAAUUCCCUCCAACGCGACGUCGUCAAGAUGGAGCACGUCCGUAUGCGCCUGACACACGAGCAACUCCACACCGAUAUCAUAGAUAUGGAGUUGAUAGAGCUCAAAUUUAUCUUUGACCGUUUACAUCACGACAACCGCGACUUCGUUAUUUUGCCAAACUAUCAACCCGCGUGCCAACCGAUGUUCAACGAGCAGAGUUUGAUGUUCGGGACGUCGUGCGGUCAAGGAUGGUUGUGGAGCUUCCUCAAAAUAUAUCUCCGGGCAUUCCAGCAUGCCAGUGACCUCGAUGAGACGGUAGAAGCAAAACUACUCAUCGGUGACAGGCCGAAGAUGAGUCCGGAUCCAGAGACAAAGCUUCCCCUUCCAGAACGCCUUGCAAUCAGGAAGAGCGAGGAAACUGCAGAGUUGACUUCCGAAGAACGUCAACUCAUGGAGUGGGCUACUGCCCUCGGCGAUUGGCUCGAGCCCCAUCACAACUACACUCGACCACCUCCCCAUGUCGUGUUAGCUGAGGCUGCAAAACAGACCGAACUUAAGACUGGCUUGCCGUUGAGGGGCGUUGACCUCAAGGCUUUGAGCGUGAACGGAAACUCAAAAAAGGACGAGGAAGCUCCACCGAUUAAACCAGUGCCUGAGUUGGUCGUUAAGUUCUUUGAGGAUAUGUACUCUCAGUUUAAGCGGCUGCUGAAGAGCAAGUGUUCAAUUUCACAAUUGCUGCACAUUGCUACCAUCACUCAAGAGGCAUACAUUCUACUGGCCGUUGAAACCCUACGCUUCAAGACACCCUCCGUCGUAAAGAUCCACAAGCUUGGCAAUCUUGUGUGCAUGAUCAAGGACAUCCGGCAAAAGGCGAAUUCCAUAAUGAAGGAUAUGUCGUUUGAGCUGCUGAAGUUGGCAGAGGCGGAGAAUACAGGUGACCGCCGGAGCGCUCUUGCGGAAGCAUGUGCGUGCGUCGCCGUCGGUCAGAUUGAUCAUGACUUCAUCUUGAACGUAGUGAGGAACGUGAUGGACUCUCAGAAGAAGGUGCUGGAGGGAGUUGCUAAAGGGAUGGCUAAGCUUCACAAUACACAUUCGCAGUCCUAGGGUGGGAACCAUGCAACGGUUUGAAUAUACUAUCAGCCCCUCUCAAUCUGUACAAUCAUGCAAUGUUAUAGUUUCUUGCUUU